AAAGCCCCAGCUGAUUUUCUGCUUUAGUUUGGGCAACCGACAGCGGCAACAGUAACAGUAACAGCAGCAAAUGAAUUGCCUUAGACCAUGGUCUAUGGUCUUCAUAUAUAAAAACCAAGUGCAAACCAUGUUUGGUUAUCAGUUCACAUCCAUUUUGGCACUGCAUUCCAGACAUCAUUGACUAGAGCCAUCACCACAAAAUCAACCAAAGUUUGAUAUAAUUUUCUAAAAAAAACAAGGACUAUUUAGCACCUGCUAUAAAACAAAUUAAACGUGCAUUGAGUUUUUGAAAAAGCUCUUGAUUUAAAAAAUCCAUUCACAAAUAUGACCAGCUUUAAGAUAAUCAUGCUCUUGGCAGCCAUGCUUGGCUUGGCUUGCGGCUCUCCAGGAGGCUUCUUUGGCAAACAUGAACAUCAUACGAUUCAUGUGCCAUACAAAGUUCACACGGUACAUCAUCAUCAUGUGCAAAAGGUGCCUGUAAUCAAAGAAGUCGUCAAAGAGGUGCCCGUUGAGAAGCUUGUCAUCAAACAAGUCGUCAAAGAAGUUCCUGUUGAGAAAAUAGUCCAUGUGCCCGUUGAAAAGGUGGUUCAUGUGCCCGUCCAUGUCCCCAUUCAUGUUCAUCAUGAGAGUCAUGGCCAUGGUCAUGGACAUGGUGGUUAUGGUGGCGAUCACAGCAGCGAAUAUUUAGUCAGCAGCAGCGAUUAUCACAAAGGCUGGUCCUCAUCUGGAUGGUAAUAGAAUUUAAGUGUUUCCCGUCUUUUUU